AUGGAAGAAUUCGAGUGUAUAGCUCAAUUUAAUGGAAAAGAGAGAAAUGAUAGAGAAAGUACAGUUCUUGUAUUAAGAAUCAAUUGGGAAUCAUUACCGGGGAAACAUCCAGCAGUGUUCAAUCCCAGUAAAAGAGAAGUAAGAUUUCUUCCCAACCUAAAUGAAGAUUGCUUUCUCUAUAACUAUUCAUUAGGUUUUGAGCCGGAAGAAAAGAAGUACAAAGUUCUUUUAUCAACGGAGCAUGUUCGAGAAGAGCACAAAAAACACUGGAUUUUCACUUUAGGCAUAGAUGAAUCAUGGAGAGCAACUCAAAGCAUUGCCCCUUCUACUUCGUACUUUAACCACAGUGUUUGUAUUAGUGGAGUUAUCUACCAGCUUAUCAAUCACAGACCUGCAAUAGCAGCCUUUGAUGUUAAAUCUGAAAAAUUCACAAUUAUUGCAUUGUGGAAUACUGCAUCUCGGUGGGUGUACGAUAACGAGUUGAUAGAGGUGAAGGGUAAACUAGCCGUCAGGGACUAUGUAAAUAGCACAAGUGCAUACGUCCAAUUGCGGAUUCUAGAACAGACUCCAAAAGAAGUAUGGAAGAGUCAAAUCAUUCGCUUUCCUUCAAUAUGGAAGGACGUACAUCCUAGAUCUGUAACAUCCUGUGUGGCCCCUGAUGGGGUGAUUGUAUUCAUUCUGAACUCAAGAUCAGGUCAUUUAUGUUUGUGUUAUGAUGUCACAAGAAAGAAUUGGAGAUAA